UUUGCUGUUCACCCCUUCUGGUUGUCAGCAGAGGGUUUAAGCUAACCUUGCACUGCAUUAGCUAGCGAUAGCUGUACAAUGAUAGCUGUAUUACAGAAGGUGGUUAUUAGCAAUUAAGUGGCUGGCAUAAUAAAUUGACAACACAAGGCCAUCCAAAUGGUCAUCAUGUCAGGCACAGCCACUGUGCUGCAGCAGUUUGUCAGUGGGCUGAAGAGUCGGAAUGAAGACACCAGGGCAAAGUCUGCCAAGGAUCUGCAGCACUAUGUGACCACAGAGCUCAGAGAGUUGAGCCAAGAUGAAGCCACCACGUUCUAUGAUGAGUUAAACCACCACAUCUUUGAGCUGGUGUCCAGCUCUGAUGUGAACGAGAAGAAAGGAGGGAUUCUUGCCAUCGUGAGUCUGAUUGGGGUAGAGGGAGGCAAUGCCACCAGGAUCAGCCGCUUUGCCAACUACCUGCGCAAUCUGCUACCCUCCAGUGACCCGGUGGUGAUGGAGAUGGCCUCUAAAGCCAUGGGCCACCUGUCCAUGGCAGGAGACACUUUCACUGCUGAGUAUGUGGAGUUUGAGGUGAAGAGGGCCCUGGAGUGGCUGGGGGCUGACAGGAAUGAAGGCAGACGCCACGCUGCGGUGUUGGUGCUGAGGGAGCUGGCUGUGAGUGCACCCACCUUCUUCUUUCAGCAAGUGCAGCCCUUCUUUGACAAUAUCUUCUACGCUGUGUGGGACCCCAAGCAGGCCAUCCGAGAAGGCGCUGUGUCAGCACUGAGGGCCUGUCUUAUCCUCACCACCCAGAGAGAGACCAAGGAAAUGCAGAAACCACAGUGGUACAAACAAACCUUUGAAGAGGCAGAGAAAGGCUUUGAUGAGACUUUGGCCAAAGAGAAGGGGAUGAAUCGUGAUGACAGGGUCCAUGGUGCCCUGCUUAUCCUCAAUGAACUGGUUCGCAUCAGCAGCAUGGAAGGAGAGCGCAUGCGUGAGGAGAUGGAGGAGAUCACUCAGCAGCAGCUGGUCCACGACAAGUACUGUAAGGAGCUGAUGGGUUUUGGCACAAAGCCGCGCCACAUCACACCCUUCACCAGCUUCCAGUCAGUGCAGCCCCAGCAGUCCAAUGCACUGCUGGGCCUGCUGGGCUACAGUACCCCCCAGGGCUUCCUCAGCUUCGGUGCCACGCCAGUGCCCACCAAGAGCUCACUGGUGGAGAGUCGCUACUGCCGUGAGCUGAUGGAGGAGCGAUUUGACCAGGUAUGUCGCUGGGUGCUGAAAUACAGGACCAGUAAAAACCCUCUGAUCCAGAUGACCAUCCUCAACCUGCUGCCACGUCUGGCUGCCUUCCAGCCACAUACUUUUACAGACCAGUAUCUGUCAGACACCAUGGGCUACCUGCUGGGCUGUCUGAAAAAGGAGAAAGAGAGGACGGCAGCUUUCCAGGCCCUGGGGCUGCUGGUCGUGGCUGUCAGAGCAGAGAUCCAGCCCUACCUCUCGAAGAUCCUGGAGAUCAUCAAGGCCGCCCUGCCACCCAAAGACUUCGCACACAAGAGACAGAAGACCAUGCAGGUGGAUGCCACAGUGUUCACCUGUAUCAGCAUGCUGUCCAGAGCCAUGGGUCCCAGCAUUCAACCUGAUAUCAAAGAGCUGCUGGAGCCAAUGCUAGCUGUUGGCCUUAGCCCUGCACUGACCGCAGUGCUGUAUGACCUGAGCCGUCAGAUCCCCCAGCUGAAGAAAGACAUCCAGGACGGCCUGCUGAAGAUGCUGUCCCUUGUGUUGAUGCACAAGCCACUGCGUCACCCCGGCAUGCCCAAAGGCCUGGCCCACCAGCUGGCCUCGCCAAGCCUCACCAACAUACCUGAAGCCAGUGACGUUGGCAGCAUCACGUUGGCCCUCCGCACUUUGGGAAGUUUCGAGUUUGAAGGACACUCCCUGACCCAGUUUGUGCGCCACUGUGCUGACCACUUCCUGAACAGCGAACACAAGGAAAUCCGGAUGGAGGCUGCUCGGACCUGCUCGCGCCUCCUCACUCCCUCUAUCCACCUGAUCAGCGGUCACGGCCACGUUGUCAGCCAGACGGCCGUGCAGGUUGUGGCCGAUGUGCUCAGCAAACUGCUGGUCGUAGGAAUCACUGACCCAGAUCCAGACAUACGAUACUGUGUACUGGCAUCUCUGGAUGAGCGUUUCGACGCUCACCUGGCCCAGGCAGAGAACCUGCAGGCGCUGUUUGUGGCACUGAAUGACGAGGUUUUUGAGAUUCGAGAGCUGGCCAUCUGCACCAUCGGACGACUCAGCAGCAUGAACCCUGCUUUUGUCAUGCCCUUCCUGCGCAAGAUGCUCAUCCAGAUCUUAACAGAGCUGGAGCAUAGUGGUGUUGGCAGGAACAAGGAGCAAAGCGCUCGUAUGCUUGGUCACCUCGUCUCCAACGCCCCCCGCCUCAUACGCCCGUACAUGGAGCCCAUCCUCAAGGCUCUCAUCCUCAAGCUGAAAGACCCUGACCCCAAUCCUGGAGUGGUCAUCAGUGUUCUCGCCACUAUCGGCGAGUUGGCUCAGGUGAGUGGACUGGAGAUGAGAAAAUGGAUGGACGAGCUUUUCCCCAUCAUCAUGGACAUGCUGCAGGACUCGUCCUCACUGGCUAAGCGACAAGUGGCGCUAUGGACACUGGGUCAGCAGGUGGCCAGCACAGGCUAUGUGGUGGAGCCCUACCGCAAGUACCCAUCCCUUCUGGAGGUGUUGCUCAACUUCCUGAAGACGGAGCAAAACCAGGGCAUCAGGAGAGAAGCUAUCCGUGUACUGGGCCUGCUGGGAGCCUUGGACCCAUACAAACACAAAGUGAACAUCGGCAUGAUUGACCAGUCACGAGACGCCUCUGCUGUCAGCCUCUCAGAGUCCAAGUCCAGCCAGGACUCAGCGGACUACAGCACCAGUGAGAUGCUUGUGAACAUGGGCAACCUGCCCCUGGAUGAAUUUUACCCGGCAGUGGCCAUCGUCACGCUGAUGCGCAUCCUGAGGGACCCUUCACUCUCCAACCACCACACCAUGGUGGUCCAGGCCGUCACCUUCAUAUUCAAGUCACUGGGUCUCAAGUGUGUGCAGUUCCUGCCGCAGGUCAUGCCCACUUUCCUCAACGUCAUCCGGGUCUGCGACGCCAGUAUUCGAGAGUUCCUCUUCCAGCAGAUGGGAAUGGUGGUGUGCUUUGUGAAGAUCCACAUCCGCCCUUACAUGGACGACAUCUUCACCCUCAUCAGAGAGUACUGGACACCCAACAACCCCAUGCAGAACACCAUCAUCCUGCUGAUUGAACAGAUUGUAGUGGCUCUGGGUGGAGAGUUCAAGCUGUACUUGCCUCAGCUCAUUCCACAUAUGCUGCGUGUCUUCAUGCACGACAACAGUACAGGACGCAGUGUUACCAUCAAGCUGCUCAAUGCCAUCCAGCUGUUUGGCGCCAACCUGGAUGACUACCUCCACUUGCUGCUGCCCCCCAUUGUCAAGUUGUUUGAUGCCCCCGAUGUGCCUCUGCAGGCUCGCAAGGUUGCCUUGGAGACACUGGACCGCCUGACUGAGUCCCUAGACUUCACUGAUUAUGCCUCACGCAUCAUCCACCCCAUUGUACGGACACUCGAUAGUACGCCCGAGCUACGCUCCACCUCCAUGGACACCCUGUCCUCACUGGUCUUCCAGCUGGGAAAAAAGUACCAAAUCUUCAUCCCCAUGGUGAACAAAGUGAUGCUGAAGCACAGGAUCAACCACCAGCGCUAUGACAUACUCAUAUGUCGCAUCGUCAAGGGCUAUACCCUGGCAGAGGAGGAAGAGGACCCUCUAAUCUUCCAGCAUCGCCAGCUUCGAGGUAAUCAGGGUGACGCGCUGGUCAGCGGGCCGGUUGAGGUGGGGCCAAUGAAGAAGCUUCAUGUCAGCACCACCGCACUUCAGAAGGCUUGGGGUGCAGCCAGGAAGGUGUCCAAAGACGAUUGGCUGGAGUGGCUGAGGCGCCUAAGUGUUGUCCUACUCAAGGAAUCGUCCUCCCCUGCCCUGCGAUCCUGCUGGUCACUGGCCCAAACCUACAUCCCACUUGCCAGAGACCUGUUUAAUGCAGCCUUCCUGUCAUGUUGGUCAGAGCUGAGUGAGGAUCAGCAGGAUGAGCUGAUCCGCAGCAUUGAGUUAGCCCUUACCUCACAGGACAUCGCUGAGGUCACCCAGACCCUUCUCAACCUCGCCGAGUUCAUGGAACACAGUGACAAGGGACCUCUGCCUCUGAGAGAUGACAAUGGCAUUGUACUGCUUGGAGAAAGAGCUGCUAAGUGUCGUGCCUAUGCUAAGGCUCUGCACUACAAAGAGCUUGAGUUCCAGAAGGGUCCUUCUCCUCUGAUCCUGGAGUCCCUUAUCAGCAUCAACAAUAAACUGCAGCAGCCAGAGGCAGCGUCUGGAGUGCUGGAGUAUGCCAUGAAACAUUUUGGUGAACUGGAAAUUCAAGCCACCUGGUAUGAGAAGCUUCACGAGUGGGAGGAUGCCCUGGUGUCAUACGACAAGAAGAUCGACAUGAACAAAGAAGACCCAGAACUUAUCCUGGGCCGGAUGCGCUGCUUAGAGGCCCUCGGAGAAUGGGGCCAGUUGCACCAGCAGUGCUGUGAGGAGUGGACACUGGUGAGCGAGGAGACCCAGGCCAAGAUGGCCCGUAUGGCUGCUGCCGCCGCCUGGGGUUUAGGACACUGGGACAGCAUGGAGGAGUACACCUGUAUGAUACCCAGAGACACGCAUGACGGAGCUUUCUAUAGGGCUGUGCUAGCCCUGCAUCAGGACCUCUUCUCAUUGGCCCAGCAGUGUAUUGACAAAGCCAGAGACCUUCUAGAUGCUGAGUUGACGGCCAUGGCUGGAGAGAGCUACAGUCGGGCGUAUGGGGCCAUGGUGUCAUGUCAAAUGCUGUCAGAGCUGGAGGAGGUCAUCCAGUACAAGCUGGUGCCAGAGAGGAGGGACAUUAUCAGGGAAACAUGGUGGGAAAGGCUUCAGGGUUGUCAGCGUAUUGUGGAGGACUGGCAGAGGAUCUUGAUGGUCAGAUCCCUGGUUAUCAACCCGCAUGAGGAUAUGAGGACGUGGUUGAAGUACGCCAGCCUCUGUGGCAAGAGCGGACGCCUGGCACUGGCCCACAAGACCUUGGUGCUCCUCCUGGGCGUCGACCCCUCAAAGCAGCUGGACCACCCGCUACCCACUGCCCACCCCCACGUCACCUAUGCUUACAUGAAGUACAUGUGGAAGAGCACUCGCAAGAUUGAUGCCUUCCAGCACAUGCAGCACUUUGUUCAAGGGAUGCAACAACAAGCCCAGCAUGCUAUUGCCGCUGAGGACCAACAACACAAGCAAGAGCUCCACAAACUCAUGGCCAGAUGUUUCCUGAAGCUGGGGGAAUGGCAGCUCAGUCUGCAGGGCAUCAACGAGAGCACCAUCCCCAAAGUUCUGCAGUACUACAGCCAUUCCACAGAGCAUGACCGCAACUGGUACAAGGCCUGGCAUGCCUGGGCAGUGAUGAACUUUGAGGCGGUGCUGCACUACAAGCACCAGAACCAAGGACGUGAUGAGAAGAAGAAACUGCGACACGCCAGUGGAGCUAGCGCCAAUAGUGAAGCUAGCAACAGUGACAGUGAGGUUGAUAGCACGGACCACAGCCCUGUUCCCUCGCCAGGCCAGAAGAAGGUCAAUGAGGACCUGUCUAAGACUUUACUCCUAUACACGGUUCCUGCUGUGCAGGGCUUCUUCCGCUCCAUUUCCCUGUCCAGGGGCAAUAACCUGCAAGACACACUCAGGGUCUUAACUCUGUGGUUUGAUUAUGGUCACUGGCCUGAGGUGAACGAGGCCCUAGUGGAGGGGAUCAAGACCAUUCAGAUUGAUACCUGGCUACAGGUGAUCCCUCAGCUCAUAGCUCGUAUCGACACCCCUCGAGCCUUGGUGGGUCGCCUCAUCCACCAACUGCUAACGGACAUCGGACGCUAUCAUCCCCAAGCUUUGAUCUACCCUCUAACUGUGGCCUCGAAGUCCACCACCACAGCCCGCCACAAUGCUGCCAACAAGAUCCUGAAGAAUAUGUGUGAGCACUGCAAUACCCUGGUCCAGCAAGCCAUCAUGGUGAGUGAGGAGCUCAUUCGAGUGGCCAUUCUGUGGCACGAGAUGUGGCACGAGGGCCUGGAGGAGGCUUCACGCCUCUACUUUGGCGAACGCAAUGUCAAGGGCAUGUUUGCUGUCCUGGAGCCUCUUCAUGCCAUGAUGGAGAGGGGACCACAGACACUGAAAGAGACCUCCUUCAACCAGACUUAUGGAAGGGACCUGAUGGAGGCUCAGGACUGGUGCAGGAAGUACAUGCGCUCUGGUAAUGUGAAAGACCUGACCCAGGCCUGGGACCUCUACUACCACGUCUUCAGACGCAUCUCCAAACAGUUACCACAGCUGACCUCACUGGAGCUUCAGUACGUGUCUCCCAAGCUGCUGAUGUGCAGGGACCUGGAGCUGGCUGUACCAGGCACUUACGACCCCAACCAGCCCAUCAUCCGCAUCCAGUCCAUUGCCCCCUCCCUGCAGGUCAUCACCUCCAAGCAGCGCCCACGCAAACUCACCAUCAUGGGUAGUAAUGGCCAUGAGUUCAUGUUCCUGCUAAAGGGCCAUGAGGACCUGAGACAAGAUGAGAGGGUGAUGCAGCUCUUUGGCCUGGUCAACACACUGCUGGCCAACGACCCUGCGUCCUUAAGGAAGAAUCUCAGCAUCCAGCGCUAUGCAGUGAUCCCCCUGUCCACCAACUCCGGCUUGAUCGGCUGGGUGCCCCACUGUGACACCCUGCAUGCUCUCAUCAGAGAUUACAGGGAGAAGAAGAAAAUCUUGCUCAACAUCGAACAUCGCAUCAUGCUUAGGAUGGCUCCAGACUACGACCAUCUGACACUGAUGGAGAAGGUGGAGGUGUUUGAGCACGCUGUCAACAACACAGCCGGAGACGACCUGGCCAAGCUGCUAUGGCUGAAGAGCCCCAGCUCUGAGGUGUGGUUUGACAGGCGGACCAAUUACACUCGCUCAUUGGCUGUGAUGUCAAUGGUUGGCUAUAUUUUGGGACUGGGUGAUAGGCAUCCAUCCAACUUAAUGUUGGACCGGCUAAGCGGCAAGAUCCUUCACAUCGACUUUGGGGACUGUUUUGAGGUCGCCAUGACCAGAGAAAAAUUCCCGGAAAAGAUUCCAUUCCGACUGACGAGGAUGCUGACCAACGCCAUGGAGGUGACGGGUCUGGAUGGUAACUACCGAAUCACAUGCCAUACGGUGAUGGAGGUGCUGAGGGAGCACCGGGACAGUGUCAUGGCUGUGCUGGAGGCCUUCGUCUACGACCCGCUGCUCAACUGGAGGCUCAUGGACACGAACACCAAAGGCAACAAGCGCUCCCGCACCAGAACGGACUCUUACACCGCUGGACAGUCAGUAGAGGCUCUUGAAGGAAUCGACCUCGGAGAGAGCACGCACAAGAAACCCGGAACCACAGUGCCUGAGUCCAUUCACUCCUUCAUUGGAGAUGGCUUGGUGCAACCCGAGGCGCUCAACAAGAAAGCUAUCCAGAUUAUCAACAGGGUGCGGGACAAACUCACAGGCCGAGACUUUUCCCACGACGAGACGUUGGACGUGCCGACUCAAGUGGAGCUCCUCAUCAAGCAGGCCACUUCACACGAAAACCUGUGCCAGUGCUACAUUGGAUGGUGUCCAUUUUGGUAAAGGACUGUUUUUGGCAGCCAAGGUGACUCUUGACAGUCUGUUUCACUGACAAACCAUGAAAAGUCAAAUAGGUAUGCUCUGAAAAAGGUACUUAAAUGUCAAAAGGCAGAGCCUGGGAGAAUUGAAUAGAAUUGUUAAAAGAUUUUUGGUUCCCUGUGGGCUUUUUUUGAGUUCAUGAAGAAAUACCUAAAGAGCUCUGUUUUUACCCAGUCAUCGUAAUUUAACACAUAAUUUAAGCAACUGCCUCAAAGAGGAGCAAGUUGUUUUGCUUUUUAAUGCAGUCAUUUGCUAAAUGCUUUCUACAGCGGCCAUAUUGUUACAAUAUUUCUUACUUCGCACAGUGUAUGCUUCUUGGAAACCCACCAGUCAGUUGUAUUAUUGUGUAUUAAUGUGACAAAUUUCAAUAACAUAUUGUGUAUGCCUUUUGCUAACUUAAACAUUCUUUGAAGAUUACUCAUGAUUGAAUAUGAAUGAGGAGACUUUGAUUUAAGAUGGUCUUAAUGUACUGUAUGGGCAUUUGUGUGCCAUUAAAUCCUGUAAAGAUAC